ACGGAUUAUGCACGACAAUGCACAGUUGACCAAUACAAUUUCAAACGACUCAAAUUUCGUUUCGGUUCGAUUUUCAUUUCGGUUGUGAUAUCUGUUUCUUGAUCAUCAAACAUUAUGAUCAUCAUGAAAACAAUUAGUUCUAUUACAUGGGUACUAUUCGUUUCGAAUUUUGCCUUUUCUUCCGCCUUUUUGCGUCAUCAACAAUUAUUUUAUCAACGUUGGCAUGAACGACAACUAGCAGGAGCCGAUAACACCGAUGAUUCGCCAAAGACUCAGUACUUUGUGCAGAAGCUGGAUCAUUUCGAUCCAACUAACGAAGAAACCUGGUUACAACGUUACUGGAAUGUCGCGAAACAUCACCAAAAAGGUGGACCAGCAUUUUUGUUGAUAAAUGGAGAAUGGCAAGCUUCACAAGACUUCAACGACGGUUUUCAAUGGAAAAAAUACGUGCAGAAGUUCAACGCGACGUUUUUUUCUUUGGAGCAUCGAUUCUAUGGCCGAAGCGUACCAAAUAACGACACCAGCACAGAGAAUCUGGUUCACCUGAGUAGCCAACAGGCUCUAGCAGAUAUCGCAAAUUUCAUCCGUGGAGUAACUAAUCAAUACAAUAUAUCUGCUGAUACUAAAUGGAUCGUGUUUGGGUGUUCGUAUGCAGGAACUUUGGCUGCGUGGGUUCGGCUCAAGUAUCCCCAUCUCGUACACGGAGCAGUUUCUUCGAGCGCCCCACUUCUAGCUAAGGCAGAUUUUCCAGAAUACUUCCAAGUAGCCAAAGAAUCGCUGGACUUUUAUAAACCAAACUGUUCCGCCAAAGUAGCCGAGGCUAAUAAGGAACUUGACCGUUUAAUCAAAAGUGAGGAAGGUAGAGGACAGAUUAGAGAACUAUUCAAUCUAUGCCACAAAGUGGACAACAAUAUGGAAAGUAUAUCAACAGUGUUCGAAACAGUGCUCUAUAUUGCAGGUUACAUUCAGAAUAAUUUAAAAGAGGGUAUUGAAAAAUUUUGCAACAUAAUGACAUCUUCCGAUGGUUCAGCACUGCAAUUGUACGCUGAAGCCAAUGCAUUAGAGAUGAAAAGCAACGGACAAAAGUGUCUGGAUAAUGACUACAAAAAUAAUAUCGAAUUAUUGAAUCAUACAGAUGCUAACAACCCUAACGAUUUCGUUAGACAAUGGAUUUAUCAAACUUGUACUGAAUUCGGUUGGUAUCAGACUAUAAAUAAGUCCUCGGAUUCAUUAGGAGCUGAUAUUCCUGUAGAAUACUUCAUUAAACGGUGCGAAAACAUAUAUGGUCUAAAGUACAAUGAUUCGUUAUUGGAGAAUGGAGUUCACGAAACCAAUACUUUCUACGGAGGAUUUCAAAUAAACGUUGGAAACAUCGUAUUCAUUCACGGAUCCAUUGACCCUUGGCAUGCUGCAGGAAUUACUCGCGCUGAAGAACCAAACGCUCUUUACCAGACCAUUUACAUCAAAGGAGCUGGUCAUUGUGGUGAUGUAUACGGAUCCGAUAAGUCUGAUAGUGAUGAUAUGAAGAACGCUCGUGAAAAAAUCGUAACCAUAUUACAAUCUUGGUUACAAAAUUAGUAAAUCGAAAAAUGAGUUUGAAGCCUAACUUUAAAGCAGGGAUCGUUUCGAGCUCAUCUUCCAUUUUUCUUCAAUUAAAUAAUGAAUUCCAACGAUCACUUGAAUUAAUCAAUAUGUAGAUAAAGUUGUAUUCACAUAGGCACUCUUCAAUAAUGCAUAAUUCAUAAUUUGUGAGAAUUGAGCGAUAGGUAAAAAGAAAAUAUCUAACUGACUAAAUCAGAGUGGAAUGAGUUUUGAAUGGUUCCUCUUUUGUGGCUGCAUAUACCUACUUAUUUGAUAGUCUUUUGGUCGAGUUGACUUGAAACUCGAAGCAUUCAGUGAUUUUACUAAUUAAUUUAUUAAUUUAUUUUUUCAAAGGUUUAAUUAAUACAAAUUCAAUCAAUUACUUAUAUGUAUUGUUUUAUAAAAGAGUUGUAAUUACAACAAUGAAUACAUAGUACUUAUUUGCUUU